CCGACGUCGGGCCUGAUCUGCUGCAAGUCCACCGUCUUCUUGAACCAGCCCAUCUCCUUCCUCCUCUGAGCCAGCCCCCGCUGCAGGGGCGAGUCCGCCCAGCCAAACAGGAAGGCGCUGGUGCCCUGGACCCGCUCUCCGUUAACUGCCCAAACUGUGUGGUGUUGGCCGACUAGUCAAAACCGGAAGUACAGAGGAGUCUAUCAUCCCACCACCAUCCACGCUGCAGUAUCUCUGGAGUCCAAAACAAGUUCAUGCUAGCUGCCCGAGCAGUCGCGGUGGGCUUCACUCUGAUAGCUGUGGCCAAAACGAUGACCUCCGUGGCAGCGACAUCCUCCGAGCCCCGGGGACUGCAUGCAUCAGCCAGCCGGGAUGGAGGCUCCGGGAGCCCGCGGCAGAGGCUCCAGAAGCUGCUGGCGGUGCCUGGAUACAACCCGAGCCGAGUGAACGACCUGCUGCUCCUCCGGCCUGAGACAGACGGUGCUGAGUCAAAGGAGAAGAGCGGUAACAGACAUGUGGUGUUUUUCCACGGGGACAUUCAGAACUUCCAGGAGGAGAUGUCUGUGCAGCCUGAAGGAGCUCAGUGGCUCCGCUGGAGUCUGGAGCAGGUCGCUCUCACUCUGGGCCGGCGUUUCCCCGACCGACACAUCUGGGUCGUCCGAGCCUCCCGAAUGUAUCUGCACAAGUUCAGCUGCUACCACAACUUCGUGGAGAGCAACAUGUUCGGGGCUCCGGAGCACUCGUCGUACUCACCUGAGACUGCGGCGUUCCGACACCUCAGGUCUCUGCUGAGCCACGGCAUGGAGCGAGCCAACCUACCAAACCCCCUCCAGCCACAGGGAGGCGCUGACAGCGUCCCCUCAGGGUUUUCUCUGACGCUGGUGGGCUUCAGUAAAGGCUGCGUGGUCCUGAACCAGAUGGUGUACGAGCUGCCGGGAGCCCGCGCCGACCCGCAGCUGUCUCACUUCAUUAAACGCAUCACCGACAUGUUCUGGCUGGAUGGAGGCCACCCGGGAGGCAGCGAGACCUGGGUGACGGACAAGCAGGUGCUGAAGGAGUUCGCCUCCAGCGGCGUGUCGAUCCACGCCCACGUGACCCCGUACGAGGUGUGCGACCCGAUGCGGGCCUGGGUGGGCCGCGAGUACGGGUACUUCAUCAAGACCCUGGAGGAGUUCGGAGCCUGUCCCAGCAAGAAGCUGCACUUCGAGGACGAGCCCCCGUCCAUCGAGAACCACUUCAGGGUCAUCCAGGAGUUCUGAGUCCGAGCCGAUCGCCUGAACGUCUCUGAGCGCUGCAGAUUGUGUAUCCAGAGUACAGAGUGAGUGUCUUAACCGCUGGUCUUACCUCAUCGUUCUUACCAAGCGUUCAACAGAUGAUGACAGGUGACUUUUACUGCUAAACGCACUCGAUCGUCUCCUGUGGCCGCGAGGAGGAACACGCAGGUAUGAAAACGGUCUUCCUCCUUAUUUAUUCUCUAGGCUGAAUAUCACCUUUUACCUUUGAUUCUGUCUUCGAGUGGCUGCAGAGCUGCUGAAACAUGACUGACUCGUGUUGCCUCAGUCGGAGGGAACGACUUUAAUGUCUGUAACGUGACGUAAAGUGUAAUAUUGUGACUUUCUGCUAUGAUUUUAAUCUUAAUGUCUGUUUGCCUGAAGCAGAGCAGCUUUUUACAUUCUCCUCUUGCCUGCACGUGUUGAGCUACUUUUAGACGAGUGAAUGUUUGAACGUCUGAACUUUAAACUUUCAGACUUCAUCAGUCGGACUCUCAGCGGUGAUUUUUGAUUGUAUUUAAAACGUGUGGCCGGUUAAUUAUUUAAUGAACUUUGUCAGAGUUUAGAAUGUAGUUCUGUUGUCAUUCCUUUAGUUGAAGUUUCUCUAAUAGUUAGAGUUUCAGUUAACAACACAAACUCACCUCAAGGUCCAUUUAACUGUUCUGGAGCUUUCGUUCAGAUCACGAUUUGUUUUGAGCUGCUUUACACUCCGUCACGUCGACCUUGAGGUGAGAGUUUCUAGAUUAGAAAUCAUUUGUUUAACGUGUUACUAGCUAUUAACACUUUUCUUCUUAUUGCACUUGAUGUUAAUUUGCUCUGUUUUGAUUGGAUCUUUUUCUCACCUGUUGUACAUUUUUGUGUUGAAAAUACACCAAAUUAUUGUUUUUAUAAAUUAAGAGGUUUCUGAUUCAAACUGUGUUCCACAACCAACAUCAGUAUCAGAAAUGCCUCUGAUACGUCCUAAAAUGUUGGAUUACUGAUCAGAUAUGUGUAAUUUAUUGGCAUCAGAACGUUCACCUGUAUGCAAUUUAACCAUUAAUUUGUUGAUUUUAGUGUUUUUUUCAGUUCUGACUGUCAAACUAGAUAAAGCACUCUGUAGUAAUACUGCAGACUAAACAACGAUAGCAGUGAUAUCUCAUUCAUACAGGGUUUGAAAAAAGGAAUAUAAAUAUAAUUGAACGCACUAGUAGCAGAUUUAUGGAAGCCCUGAGGGUCAAGUGAGGACUCAAAUAUUUUUGUUCUCUAUAUUUUGAAAUCAGUGUUUUUUCUUUUCAUAUAUGAAACCAAGUUUUCAAAAAAGUUCUGGCAUGCUAAUUGUUUUCUUUCUUCAAAAUGUUUGAUUUUUUUCAGGAUUAUUUCCAAAUAUAAAAAGAAGUUUUGGCAGGAGAGGAUUUUUUUUUUUUUUCCCCCUGAAUGUGUGAAACUUUUUCUUUUUUUUCAUGCGUCAAAUCGAUUUUUUUCAUCCUCUGGAGAAUUUUCUUCUUUCAUGUGUGAAAACAUGCAAAACCAAAAAUGUUGUAGAAGAAUCUUUGUUUUUUCACACCGGAUUUUAUUUUCCCUGCAGAACUUUUUUUCACACGUUUGUUGAUUUAUGAAACCAUUGAAAAGUUUUGUCAGAAGAUUCUUUUCACGUGUGAAAACAUGCCAAACAUUUUCCCCGUACAUCCGUACAACCUUAAACCAAAUGGAAACAAAAAAAUUGUUUUAUUUUUUUCAAGUCUGAAAAACAUUUUUUGUUUGCUUUGUUUUUACAUUACAACCAAGCACCAUGCAUUUAAAAGAUUUUUUCAGUCUGUUCUUUCACGUGUGAAAACAUGCAAAGCCAAACAUUUUAUGGGAGAAUUUAUUUUUCCUCUUUGUAUUUAUUCAUGAAACCAAUGAAAACGUUUUCUCAUAAGACUUUUUUUCAUGUUCGAAAACAUGCCAAACAUUUUUCCCUGUACGACCAUGCACAAAAUGGACACCUAUCCUUUUUUUCUUUUUUUAAAUUUUUUUCACUUGCAAAAACAUUUUUCUCCAUAGGAGAACUUUGUGUUUUUCAUCUGCGAAAAGAUGUUAAAAAAAUUGUUUCAUGUGUGAAAACAUUUUUUUUAAGGAUAAUUUAUUUUUUUUACAAGAGUGAAACCAAGACAAGUUUUUUUCCCAUGCUUUUGAAAGAUUUUUUCAUAUUCAGCAAAAAAGUUGUUCUUUCGUGUGUGAAAACAUGCAAAAACAUUGUUUUUACACUAGAAUACUUUAGUAUUUAUUCAUGAAACCAACUAAAAAGUUGUGUGAAAAAACAACAUUGAACAUUGUUCUCCCUGAUACACGAGACACAAAAUGGAAACAUUUUGUGGAAGAAUUUUUAUUUUUUGGGUUACGGUUCUGAAAAAAAUCUGAAAACAUUUUUUAUUAGUUUGUACGGGAGAAUUUUUUUUUUUUUCUUUUACAUCACAACCAACUUUUUUCUUUUAUUUUCAUCUGUGAAAACAUACGAGAACUUUUUCUAUUUUUGAAAACACGUAAAAAAGAAAUUCUUGGGUGAUUUUUUUUUUUUUUUAAGGAUACUUUAUUUUUCUACAUGUGUUAAACCAAGAGAACACAUUUUGAUGGGAUUUUUUUUUCCUGCAAGAAAAGUAUUUUUUCUCUCUGGAGAAUUUUAUUCUUUCAUGUGUGAAAACAUGCAAAACCAAACAUUUUGUGAGUUUUGGCAGCAUUUUUUUUUGUGUUUGUGUUUAGUGGAUUUGUCUUUUCCCCUGGAGAAUUAUUUUUCAUUUAAACACAUAAAAAAAUUAAAUGGCUCCGACAUAAUUUAGAUAAAAAAAGAAUCCUCACAUGACCUUCAGGGCUUCCGUACAGAUCGGUUCUCAGGCAGAUACCCGAGUUCAAGAACUGAGAAAGAAACACGUUAAAUAAGUUGGACAGAUGAAUUAAUGAGACGCUGCAUCUUAAUUCUCUCAUGUGAAGUUGUUUUGUUUUGUCAUUGUGGCAGAAACUGUUUUAUACUGUACUUUCUGUUGACUGCAAUAUGUAAAAGUACAAAUCCUUGCUAGCUGUAUGGGAAUGUAGCAGCAUGUGUGUUAAUCUGUGUAUUCCAGUCUGAUCUCUGUGAGCUUGCACACAGUAGCAUCUUUGCACUAAGCUGACGGCUGUAACUCGUUCUGCUGAAUGUAACUUCAGAUCAUUCCACGUUUGCUCCUCGCUGUCUGUUGUGCUGUUAAAAAAAAAAAAACCCGACGAGGACGGAGAAGGUGAACUUUUUUAAAAGUUGUGUAGCAAGUGUUCAGCCAAGGUAGCAUGAAGUGUUGUUGAUUAUCUGCUUGUUAACAUGUGUGCAUGUCACUGAUGCUGUUUGUGCUGUUAACCAAAGAUGGAGAGCGGUUUGUUUCAGCAGGUGGCAGCAGAGCGUUAAAAACAUCUGAUCUGCAGUAAAACGGCUCAAAAACAAGACAGGAAACACUCCAUCGGAUAUUUUCUACAACCUUUAAUGAGCUUUUUCAGUUUGCUUUGUGAUGCUUACAUAUUAGCCUGCAGUUGAUCAGAAUACAAUACAGAUUAUGUUUCUUUCUUUUUUUUUUCUUUUAGUCAUUUCAGAUGCAAUCAGAAUGCUCAUACAUUAAAAAAAUAUAAAAUGCAAAAUAAACAAACAUCUCAUGAA